CCAUCAGUCGCCUUCUUCCGAGGCCACCUUUUGUAGAGCACUUGCGGGGGAAUGGGCAGGCCCUGGCGCCCCACGGAACGCCCCUUGCGUACUUCCCUCGCCGCUGUUUGCAGACGGUCACCAUGAAGUUCAACCCCUUCGUGACCUCGGACCGCAGCAAGAACCGCAAACGCCACUUCAAUGCCCCCUCGCACGUGCGCCGGAAGAUCAUGUCUUCCCCUCUGUCCAAGGAGCUGCGGCAGAAGUACAACGUGCGCUCCAUGCCCAUCCGAAAGGACGACGAGGUCCAGGUGGUUCGAGGACACUACAAAGGUCAGCAGAUCGGCAAGGUAGUACAGGUGUACAGAAAGAAAUAUGUCAUCUACAUCGAGCGGGUGCAGCGUGAGAAGGCUAAUGGCACAACUGUCCACGUGGGCAUUCACCCGAGCAAGGUGGUUAUCACCAGGCUAAAGCUGGACAAAGAUCGGAAAAAAAUUCUCGAACGCAAAGCCAAGUCUCGACAAGUUGGAAAAGAGAAAGGCAAAUAUAAGGAAGAACUUAUUGAGAAAAUGCAGGAGUAAAUAUAACCUGUUGUGCAACCACAGUGUAGCUGUAGGUUUUUAGCCUGGUGUGUUCUCCUUUGAAACUUUUCAAGGUGUUUCUGGAAUAUUCCAUUUCCUUCCUGGUUUAUUAUUGAUAUGUGGCUUUGUAAGUCUGUUGUUGUUUUGAUUAAUUUUAUGAAUAAAAAUUGGAAAUGUUUCUUAAUUCCAA